ACAUACCCGGACCGCCUAUUGAGAUUGCCUUUGUUAUGUCAGACUGGCGUUAAACGAGAUGAGUGCCACUUGAUCUUGUUCUCCUGUUGCUUGUGCUACACAGCUCGGGAGCAGGUAACAGGUCCGUCUGUAUUCCCCCAAAACUGAGAAAUCGUUGGACAGCCUACCACGGCUGGACUCGCACCCUGUUAGCCUACAUUCAGCUAGGUGACUCAACCCGCUUCAUCGUGAUCUUGACCAUUCUACGGCGGCCUAUUACUUCAGUUAACAGACUGCUGAAAACACGCAUCGUGGCUGUAUCUAUUGGGACCAGGCUGCGAUGCUCACAGCCGCAUACUGUAGGUUGUUAUGCAGGUGUGUGAUGUUGGUCCAGAGUCCAGAGGAAGGCCGGGCCGAGCCACAGCUCCACAGACUCCGGGGCGACCCGCUGCUAGAUUACUGAGGGAUUACAUGGACACCCAUUAACCUAAUGCCACCAGCCCGCGACUGAGUGGGAAGCCUGGCUGCGCCGACCAGCGGGGGAGUUGCUAUGGGAGAAGAGGGAUCCUCCAGAAUAUCUGUGAAUGUGACACUUGACUCAUUUCUCUGGCUGGAGUUUUGCUGGGACUGUUCCUCCGGGAUUAGAGAGCAGUACCGAUCCUCCGCCUCUGCCAUGCCACGCACCAGUCUGUAGCGGGCAUGUACGGUGGGGUGUUGCCAUGGCAACGCUCAACCUACACCCGGGUGUAGAGUUGUCCCACGUCACUUGAUCCAACAUAUCCACUAUCUGAGUUAGGUGGAACAAGCUCACCUGCUGCGGAACAAUAUAUAAUAUAUUCCCCCGAGUCAUGUAUGAGCCUUUCUGAUUUCUCUGCCUUUCCAGACAACAACUGGUGGAGGUCUGCCAUGGCCAAUCAGGACUCCCCGCUGUUUCUCCACGGCUUUGACCUUGGGGGCUACUUCACAGACCCCAAGCCCCUGGGCAGCGGGGCCACUGGUCUGGUCCUGUCCGCUGUGGACAGGCGCAGCGGGCGGCGGGUGGCCGUGAAGAAGCUGUUGAUGCGCGACGCGGUCACCGUGAAGCAUGCCCUGCGCGAGGUCAAAAUCACGCGCCGCCUGCAGCACGAGAACGUGGUGCGCGUGCAUGAGGUGCUGGGGCCCUAUGGCUGCCCGCUGCCCCGCGAUCCGGCCCAGCUGAGCGCCCUGUACAUCAUCCAGGAGUGCAUGGAGACGGACCUGGCCCACCUGCUGGAGCAGGGGCCCCUGCCAGGCGGACAUGCUACCUUACUCUUCUACCAGCUCCUACGAGGCCUCAAGUUCAUCCACUCAGCCAACGUGCUGCACCGUGACCUCAAACCGGCUAACGUUUUUCUCAACACGGACCAGCUACUGCUCAAGAUCGGAGACUUUGGCCUUGCCCGAAUCGUAGACCCACAUUACUCCCAUAAGGGUUACCUGUCGGAGGGCCUGGUGACCAAGUGGUACCGGUCGCCGCGCCUGCUGCUCUCCCCUAACAACUACACCAAGGCCAUCGACAUGUGGGCAGCGGGCUGCAUCCUGGCUGAGAUGCUGACGGGACGCAUGCUCUUCGCAGGGGCCCAUGAGCUGGAACAGAUGCAAUUAAUACUGGACACGGUGCCUGUGUUGAGGGACGAGGAUCGUCGGGACCUCCUACAGGUCAUGCCCUUCUACGUCACUCAGGGCUGGAGGGUCAGGAGGUCCCUUGGGGAGCUGCUACCUGAGGUAGACACAGACGCCAUUGACUUCUUGGAACGUAUCCUGACCUUUAACCCUAUGGACCGGCUCACGGCGGAGGCGGCCUUGGCACAUCCCUUCCUGCAGCAGUACUCGUGUCCACAGGACGAGCCCAUGUCGCCCCAGCCCUUCCGCAUAGAGGAUGAGCUAGACGACAGCCUAGUCACGGAGUCCGGUCACAAUCCCAGCCACAUCCAGUCCUCUUGCUCUCACUGGGACAGGUACGAGACCAGUCUGUCGUCAGACCUGUGCUGGCAGCAACAGAGUGGGUGUCAAUGCAGGCCUGGCGUGUCACAGGUGGGCCACUCAGAUGAGGAGGUUCUUAAGGACCCCAGGGCCGGCUCCAACCCACUGUUGGAGGAGGCCCAGGUGGACCCCCGCAAGUAUUCGCACAGCAGCUCCGCCGAACGCUUCCUGGAUCCCUGCCACACCUCUAUGGAGCGGGUCAGCGGGAGUGGGGCCUACGCUGAGGUGGACUGUGGUCGCUCCUGUGACUACAAGGUGGGCUCCCCUUCCUACCUGGAUCGAAUAGCUUGGAGGGACGGCAAGCCACAGCACUACUCAGAGCCCAAACUGAUACUGGAUCUGUCACACUGGAAGAGAACCAGCCAGCAUCCUGUGUCGGAGGGGCUGGAGUCUGGAGGGGCCCGUGUUGAGAAGCCUGUCGAGGAGCGGCCUGUCGUGGAGCGGCCUAUCGAGGAGCGGCCUGUCGAGGAGUGCCCUGUCGAGGAGCGGCCUGUCGAGGAGCGGCCUGUCGAGGAGCGGCCUGUCCAGGUGCAGCUUGUUGAGGAGGGGUCUGUUGAGGAGCGGCUGGUCGGGGAGCGGCCUGGAGACCUUUUCCAGGAGAUCUCUCGCUGGGUGGAAAGCACACAGUCUGGCCUGCGCUCCCCCAGCCCUCCCCAGGAACCCCUGCCACGGCCCAGUUCACCCCCGCUGCCCCUCUCUCCCACCUCCCACCCCGCCCCCAUCCCCCAGGGCUGUUCGCCAGUCGUGCGGCCUUCAUCUGGACUAGAGCAGGAGGGUCCACUCGGCCCGCCUCCAACCACCCUCCCUCCAGCUUCCCCGCUGCCCUUUAAACCCUCAACUCCGCCCCCGGGUUCACCUCAAAUUCCUUCAUCGAUACACGAGCCCCCACAAGCGCUGCCCUCGAGGGAGCAAGGGGGGCUGUUUGAUCUGGAUGUGUUCAUCUCUCGAGCACUUAAGCUUUGUGGUCAGAGUGAGGACCUGGGGGGCAGUCAGGACAGAGUCAAACGGGCCAACAUCAAUGGGAUCCCCAGACUUACAGAGCACAGGCCACCCUCACCCCAGACACCCAACUCCUAACAGGCCACCCUCAACCCAGACACCCAACUCCUAACAGGCCACCCUCACCCCAGACACCCAACUCCUAACAGGCCACCCUCACCCCAGACACCCAACUCCUAACAGGCCACCCUCACCCCAGACACCCAACUCCUAACAGGCCACCCUCACCCCAGACACCCAACUCCUAACAGGCCACCCUCACCCCAGACACCCAACUCCAGAUAGGCCACCUUCACCCCAAACCCUCAACUCCUUAUAGGCCCCCCUCAACCCAGACUCCCAACUCCUAACAGGCCACCCUCAACCACCUAAUAUGCCACCCCAGACUCCCAGCUCUCAAUGAUUGAAUUAGUAAAAUAGCUUUUUAACCUGUUAAAUAUGUGGGUGAACUUGUUUUCUUAAGAGUGGCAGUACAACUACACUGUUUACUCAAAAAAGUGCUGCUUUUUCUUUUGGAUCACAGACAAUUUUCUGUACUUUAGGAGGAGAGCAAGGCCAGUAUACAUCAAAGGACAAACAAAGAUAUGCUCCUUGCUGUUAAAGAAUGUACAUUUUCCAGUAUCUAACUGAAAGGUUAUUUAGUAGGCCAGCAGUGUGUUGCGUUAAAGCAGCAACCCUUUGCUUGCAAAUGACCCAACAGUUGGGUCUAGAAAGAAAUUCCCAGGUAUAUAGCUUGAAAAUAGUAGUAAUUUGAAAAUAAUGCAACCAGCAAUGUUUGGUAACCAUUCUGUUCAAAUUUCAACACAGCGCUGCUGUUAUUCUGUUGCUGUUGACGUUGACAUGUUUAUAACUACCGGUCUUCCUACAGCAAAGAAUAAUAUACACCAUGUCCAUUGGGUACAUCCGUGCAAAAGUGGCAGUGGACACGUUUGCAUUUAGAUCAGGCUGAAUACUUCAGCGGACAUGGGUUCUACAAUGUGACGGAAACGCUCCACAGGGCUGUUUGUCCGACCUGACGCACUGGCAUCAUGCAGUUAUAAGAUGCCAAUGCAUUCGAACUACGAACGGCCAGUUUGAUUUAAUCCCUAAGAUGCUCUGUUGGGUUGAGGAUGCGCCGAUACUACUUUUUCAUUGACGAUACAGAAUCCCGAGUACGGAACUCUGCCAUAAUUCUUCUACAUGACUGAACUGUAUGACAUACAACAUUUAAUUAACGUACACAAUUUUAACAACAUCAAUUCACACCAAAGACACUUGAAUGUAGAGCAAGGUAUUUGUUGAAAUUCGAUAGCAAUGUAGAGUAUGAAAGUGGAUUUGUAUUGGACAAAAAGUCACUGCAGCGAAAACUGGGCAUGUGACGAACUGACAAUUUUCCUUAAAGUUUAUACACAUUUUUUUUAUCGUUAUUUGUUUAAAAUCAUACAAUUCCAUGUGAAUUGCCACGUUUAGCUUAUCAAUCGCAACUUGAUCAAAGUGGCAGUAGAAUACUGUUAGGCUAAUCGAUACCUAUCUGGCUAAACGAUUGAAGAAAAAACUAAAAUAAUGGUUGUACAACACCAAACAGGUAGGUUUGCUAUUUAGCUAUGAAUCUGAACAGAUUUUGAGAUUACAAAUACCACAGUUGUAAGUUAUGUAUUUUCAAUUAGUCUGGUGUAAACUAGCUAGUAUUAGCCAACUUAAUAAGCCUUAGCUAGCAAGCCUAUGCUUCUCUACUGUCACCCUUGAAACACUUGCUUUGCAACUACUUUACUAGUGGUUGUUUCAAGCCUAAAGUCAUUCCAGUCUGCAGAAAUUGUUGACUGAUGUUAUUUGGUUCACUACCAUAGCCAGCAUGUUUCCGGUCUGCCCAUCAUCUACAUCUUACGCCGUGUUUUACGCACACUCUUUUUACUAUCUGUCUCGAGGUCUCGGCUCAUUACAUAGACUCGCUAUCGCCGAUACCCGAUCCAGUUUUGGCCAGUAUCUGACAAAUUUCCGAUCCCGAUAUCUGAUAGGUGCAUCCCUAGUUGAGGUCUAAGGAUUCUGCAGGUCACCCUAGAAUAAUUAAAACAGGAUUUGUCUGACCAGUGUUGAUGAUCAAGUUAACACUGCAACCAUGUCAUCCAGUGUUUAGCAGAUAGUAGUGGAAGACGGUGUGGUCAUGGGCUGCAACAGCCCAUCUUUGAGAAGGGUUGAAUAGUUGUGUUUUCCAAAAUGCAGUUCUGCACACCAUUGUUAUGCCGUUAUUUGUCUGUCUGUGGCCCGCCCAUAAGCUUGCAGGAUUCAUGUUAAUCACCUUCCACCUUUCUCAUCAAAUGCCAUUUUCGCCCACAUGACUGCCGCUGUUUGGUGGUUUGUCACACCGUUCUCUGUAAACACUAGAAUCUAUCAUGUGUGAAAAGUCUGUGGGGUGGGGGGUCAGUUUCUGUGCUCAAUGUUGCUUGGGUCACUCAUUACGCCCGUUCUGACGUUUAGUCAAGCAGUAACCGAACACCUCGAUGCCUGUCUGCCCGCUUAAAACAGCAAGUCCCAGCCACGUUGUCAUGGACUGAUCCAUUUUCGUGAACGUGGUGUUGUACCUAAUAAACUAGCCACUGACUUUAUCUUCAUUUUAAGUGUUUUGUUUCUCCUAUAAUCACUGGAGUCUGAAUGUAUUGAUGGAUGCACAUGUUGGCUCAGUCGUCGCUAGCUGUGCUGCAGGCCUGGAACAGAACUAAGGAUCCAUCAAGGGGAGAUGGCCUCUGGGGCUCCUAUAAUGACAUUGAUCAGACGUUUUACCAUUGACUCUGCUGCCGAGCAUGACUUCCAGUAUGACAGUUACAUACUGCGCUACUGUUUCUGACAGUGUCUUCCAUGUGUCUGUAAUUGGUUGUUGACAUUUUAAGGUUAAGUACAGCUUUUUUGGAUUUCUGUGUGUGUAUGUGUGUGUGUGUGUGUGUAAUUAUUAUUAGGCUGAAAAGGGGUUUUCCCUCGAUAGCACAGUAAGAUAUCAUUGGGGAAUCCCAUGGUGGCAUAGUAAGAUGUCUCUGUCUAGCUUCAGCACAACUGCUUUCUAAUAACAGGGAGAUUCUGAAUGAACAGAAGUGAUAUUACUGUAAUCAGCCUCGCCGAUCAUCACCAUCAGCCUGAUAAAAAAACACCUCAGGAGUGAGCAGUCAGGCACCAAAAAAACGUUUGAAAUAAACCCUAUGGGCCUUAGUGAAUUUU